UCGGAGUUGUUUUGUUGACGGACCUGUCGUCAGCAGAGUCGUUGAAGAUAUGGCUUCGCGUAAAUUCAGUGCUCGUGUUCUCCGCCGGAGUUCGGGGAUAGUGACGAUGUUCAGGGGAAUGAGUGCAGGUGUUCAGCCAGUGCCACAGGCCCCAGUAGAUUUUUUAAAAGGAGAACCACACAGGAAACACCCAGGUGUGACCAACCUGAAAUGCCUGCGUCUACCUAAGGAGCUCCAGGUGGCUGCACAGUCAAUCAUUAAGAGUGCUGAAGUGACUCAGCUGCCCCAACGCUCUCACGCACUCACCAACCUCCUGUGGAGCAGAAAACGAGCAGUGGAGGAUGCAACUCUGAGAAAGAGAGCUGUGAGUCUGGAGAAAAAACUUUGGGAUGAAGCGAUGGAGAAGAGCAGUGGAGAUAUAGAUGAGCAGGCACUGGACGACCGCAUCAGGAGGAAAGUGUUCUCAGAGCUUAGAAGAACAACAUAUCACUGGACUCCAUUGAAGUAUGAUGAAGAAUUCGGUGUCGUGUACAUGGCGGCUCGUCUGGCUGGAGGCUAUGCAGCAGUCAGGAGGGCUCUAAAUGAGAUAAAGAUUAGAGAUCCCUCUUUUGCUCCUCAGUCUCUUCUGGAUUUUGGUUCGGGGCUUGGAACAGUUGUUUGGGCCUCGCACUCGCACUGGGCUGCCUCUUUGAAGGAGAUGAUUUGUGUGGACAGCUCCGGAGCGAUGAACGUUCUGGCUGAACGACUUCUCAAAGGUGAUGAUGAAAAGGCUCAACCGCACAUCAAACAAGUUUAUUUCAGACAGUUCCUCCCUGUCUCUCCUAAGGUGCAGUUUGAUCUGGUGGUGGCAGCUUUCACGCUGUCAGAGCUUCACAGUGUGAAGGAGCGAGAGGAGGCCAUGUUUACUCUGUGGAGGAAAACCAGCUCGUAUCUGGUGCUGGUAGAAAAUGGGACCAAAGAGGGUCAUCAGGUUCUCAUGGAAGCGAGAGAAACUUUAUUACAGAAACAAGAGAAGAUAGUCCACGACUCCAGACCAGCGUCAGUCUUUGCUCCGUGUCCCCAUGAACUGACGUGUCCCAAACUCUCCCAAAAGCCGGUCGUCCCCUGCAACUUCGAGCAGCUCUACCACCCUCUGCCUCUGCCUAGGCACAAGGAGCAUCAGUCGGAGAAGUUCAGCUACUUGAUUCUGACACGAAGUGGGUCAACGUCACAGGAGGAGACGGGAGGUGUGGACUGGGCCAGGCUGAUAGCACCGGUGCAGCGCAGGACCAGACACGUCCACUGUCACAUGUGCUGCCCUGAUGGACAAUUUAAGCACAUGGUGGUGACAGCUCGAAAACACAGCAGAGACGUGUAUCGCUGUGCCCGGAGCAGCGACUGGGGAGAUCAAGUGCCGGUCAUUCAGAAAGUUGAGGACGAUGUCCCGAGUGACUCAGAGUGAUGACUCACUUGUGAUGAGAAACAUUUCUGAAAGAAAACUGUGGAAUACACCCUAAAACUGACAUGAGACUUGUCAGUAAGACUCAUCCGCAGUCCGGUAAACAGGACAUCUGAAUUUCCUAAUGGGAACUGCUGGAAAACCGAGUCACUCAACAGCAAUUAUGUGGUUAUGAUUGCAUCAAUAAAACACACACUCACACACACA